GGCUGGUGCUUCUUGUGUGGGGGAGAAUGUGAACAGGCUAUCAGGCAGCCAGCACUGGAUGGAGCACUGACAGCAGCACAGACACACAAAAUUCAAGUCAUGUAGCAGAAAUGAGCUAAACCUCAAGCUAAAUGCAGUAAAGAUUUCAACGUGCAGAAGGUCGGAUCGUAUUGGAGAAGGCCAGCCUCCAGCUGUUUUCAAGAAGCUGUAAUGUUCUGAAUAGGCACAAUGGGCAGGCGAUAUCCAGGUGCAGCAUAUCGACCAAGCAGUUCAUAUUGCUAACCUUACCCUAUAACCUGCAACAUUGCUGACGCCCUUGUGACCCAUGUCUGAAGUCCUUCAAGUCGAUACAAGUGUGGAAACACUUCCGGUAUUUAUGGCAAGUCACAGCGCAACGGACAUAGUGAACAGAAACAGCCCAGUUAACCCUCCGAACACCUUGAACUUGCGCUCUUCCCACAAUGAACUACUGAAUACAGAUGUAAAACAUACCGAAUCAAAGAGUGACACUCCUCCAAAAUGCCGAAAAAAAUAUGCGCUGACUAAUAUUCAGACCGCCAUGGGUUUGUCUGACCCUGCAGCCCAGCCCCUUUUGUCUAAUGGCUCUUCAAAUAUCAAGCUAGUAAAGAAUGGGGAAAACCAACUGAGAAAGGCUGCUGAACAAGAUCCCAAUAAGAAUGUAACUUUAGAGGAUGGUGUAAACAGGAUUUCAGAAAAGCUUGAAGGUAAAGAUGAACAUCCUAAUGACCCAGAAAGCUCUGAAAUCCUCCCUUUGCUUCCCAGAAGGACCAAGAGUUUUCUUAACUACUAUUCUGAUCUGGAAACAUCCAGAGACCUUGAUCAGAGUCUAACUAAUGGCCAUGCAGUGAAAGAAGAGGACAAUUCCACAUGGAUCACCAGCCAAGGUUCUGGCAUUAUUAGCAAUGGAGAUGUGCUGCUGCCAAAAGACAGCAAGACUCCAAGUCCCGAGGACAGCCUGGUCCCAACAGUAUCAUCCAGCCCAGAGACUAAAAAGGAUCAUCCAAAAACUGGGGCAAAGACGGACUGUGCCCUGCAUCGUAUACAGAACCUAGCUCCCAGUGAUGAGGAUUCCAGCUGGACUACAUUAUCCCAGGACAGCGCUUCUCCAGUGACCCCUGAUGAGACAGCUGAUAUAUGGAGCGACCAUCCAUUUCAAACAGAUUCUGAUCUGCCGCCAGGCUGGAAAAAAAUCAAUGAUAUUGCUGGAAUUUAUUACUGGCACAUUCCAACUGGAGCCACCCAGUGGGAGCGCCCUGUUUCUGCACCAACAGAGCUUCCUGGGUCACGGAAGGGGUCUCUUAGCUCUGUCACAUCAUCUCCUACUCCAGAGAAUGAGAAACAGCCAUGGAGUGAUUUUGCUGUUCUGAAUGGGGGAAAGAUAAAUGUUGACAUUUGGAAGGAUCUGCACGCAGCCACAGUGAACCCAGAUCCAAGUCUGAAGGAGUUUGAAGGAGCCACAUUACGCUACGCCUCUUUAAAGCUAAGAAAUGUCCCUCAUUCUGAUGAAGAGGAUUCCUCUAGCAUCAACAGCGAUCCUGAAGCCAAGUGCUUUGCUGUGCGCUCUUUGGGCUGGGUAGAAAUGGCAGAAGAGGACCUAGCUCCAGGGAAAAGCAGUGUUGCAGUGAACAAUUGUAUCAGACAACUGUCCUACAGCAAGAACGACAUCAGAGACACAGUCGGCAUUUGGGGCGAGGGGAAAGACAUGUACCUUAUUUUGGAGAAUGACAUGCUAAAUCUAGUAGACCCUAUGGACCGCACACUCCUACAUUCACAGCCAAUUGUAAGCAUCCGAGUAUGGGGAGUGGGCCGUGAUAAUGGAAGGGAGAGGGAUUUUGCAUAUGUGGCCAGAGACAAGGAUACAAGGAUUUUAAAAUGCCACGUGUUCCGAUGUGACACACCAGCAAAAGCCAUUGCGACUAGUCUUCACGAAAUUUGUUCUAAGAUUAUGGCAGAAAGGAAAAAUGCCAAAGCUACGGCUUGCAGUUCCUCACAGGAAAGAACACAUGCUAGCCUGGAUGUACCACUGCAAGUAGAAUUCCCAACACCAAAGACAGAACUUGUGCAGAAGUUUCAUGUUCUGUAUGUUGGCAUGCUGUCAUGCACUAGACCAAUAGGUAUGGAUAUCAUUAAUGAAGCAAUUGAAGGGCUUAUAGACAACUCAGACAAAGAAGAUUGGGUUCCAGUUAUUAUGAAUGUAGCUGAUGCUACUGUAACAGUUAGUAAAGAAAAGGAUGAAGAGGUCUUGGUUGAAUGCAGGGUCCGCUUCCUAUCCUUCAUGGGCGUUGGCAAAGACAUUCACACAUUCGCUUUCAUUAUGGACACUGGAAAUCAGCACUUUGAGACUCAUGUCUUCUGGUGUGAGCCGCAUGCAGGAAAUGUUUCUGAAGCUGUGCAAGCAGCCUGCAUGUUGCGGUAUCAGAAGUGCCUGGUUGCCAGGCCUCCAUCCCAGAAGAUUCAGCCUCCACCACCUCCUGCAGACUCUGUGACACGAAGAGUCACAACUAGUGUAAAACGGGGCGUUCAGUCCCUGAUUGACACUUUGAAACAGAAACGCCCCGUGGCUGACAUGCCAUAGCUGCUGAAAGCAACUGGAUCGAUGAACACUUGAAUCUUAUGUGUCUGCUGAAGUUAAAGUAGCUCUAUAAUGGAGUAUCCUGCAGCCCAGCCUUCCAGUAAACUGCUGCUUUCUCUUCAGAGAAUCUCCUUUAUCUGAUGUUUGACAAGCAUGUUCUCGUUCUGACACCAUGGCGUACUACAAAAGAAGCAUGAAUAUAAAUAUAUCUACUCAUAACUUUUAUUUUUCUCUCUCUCCUGUCAGUGGUUCCUAUUACUUGCAUUGGAUAGUCUGUCUCCGAUUGUAAAUAAGAUGAACAUUUCAUGACCAGAUGACAUUUUCUGCACUUUUAACAAAGGCCAUGGAGUCCAUUGUGGUUAAGGAAUACUAAGCAUCCCAUAGCUCACUGACUCAUCUUCAUCAUUGAGAAAAGUACUUGGUCACUGCCAUAGCCGUUCUAAUAAGAUGCAUUUUUCUGAUUAUAGUGGUUGCUCAAGUGUCCUCAGAAAAGGUUCUUGGAUUCCCCUAUUAGCUGCACUAGCAGUACUUAAUCAUUUGCCGCACGGAGACAUCAUGUAAAGCAUAUUAAAGGAGUCUAGUGGAUGGGCUUCCCUGUGGCCGCAGCAUAAUUAAGUACAAGAAAUGAACAAUCCCCUAGUCAGCUUGUUAGCGUCUUACACUGCGCCCCAUUUCCAGCGUGGCUCUGUUAUGGUUAUUCUGUUUCUGAUUUUCUUUACUGCUGAAAUAUGCUCAUUAAUCCAUUUCUAACAUCAUUUUUGCAUGUAAGGUCCUGUAAGAACUUUCUUUUGUCUUGAGUUUUAUUAGACAAGCAACCAGAUACUAUACAGUACAUUCUCCACACUGUUAAAUAAGGACCACAGUCAACACAUCUUGUCCAUUCUAGCUUUUGAGUGGCAGUGAGCUGCUACAGUCUUUGUAUGAUCUUGCCAAGCUGAAUCAGCUGCUGGAUAGUUAGAUACAUCUAUUUAAUGGUUUAAUGGUAAUUUAUGACCUGAAGACAGGAGCCUUCUCACCUAUAGCCUUAUUGUGUGCACUUUUUUGAUCUGUGUUUAUGUCUGUAAUGAUGCUUUCGGUUUCAGUUCAUUUAUCGGAAAAUAAUGCAUCCUAAGUACAGGACAAGGAAUCUUCACAUAUCUCUAUACACUUGUACAGCCAUGAUUGUUAUUAAGAUGUGGGGAAUAUAUUU